UCAAGACCAAUGCGAUAACGUUACUGCCGCUCUGUCUAGGUGCUUUUAAGCAAAAGCGGAAGUACGUUUAGGGGAAUCCUCUCAGCUCAAGUGGCGAAGAUACACCAGUUUGAAAAAACCAAAACAAACAUCUCUGGGAAACAAGUCACUGACUGGAUGCUACUUUGUAUCUGUUCAUAAGCAGGCCAGAGUUUUUGUCACUGAAAAAGACCUUCAUCAUGUCGAAUAUGGAGAAACAACUGUUCAACCUCAAGAUUGCCACAAAGGAGCUACAACGCAACUCCAAGAAAUGUGACAAAGAGGAAAAGGCAGAAAAAGCUAAAGUGAAGCAGGCUAUCCAGAAGGGUAACAUGGAGGCAGCUAAGAUCCAUGCAGAGAACGCCAUCCGUCAGAAGCACCAGUCUCUUAACUUCCUGAGGAUGAGUGCACGUGUGGAUGCUGUGGCUUCCAGGGUCCAGACUGCUGUCACCAUGAACCAGGUGUCUAAAUCCAUGUCUGGAGUGGUCAAGUGUAUGGAUGCUACACUCAAAAGCAUGAACUUGGAGAAGAUCUCUGCUUUAAUGGACAAGUUUGAAAACCAGUUUGAAACUCUGGACGUGCAGACGGCUCAGAUGGAGGACACCAUGGGAAACACCACCACUCUGACAACUCCUCAGAAUGAAGUGGAUACACUGCUGCAUGAGAUGGCUGAUGAAGCAGGGUUGGAUCUUAACCUGGAGCUUCCUGCAGGCCACACUUCCUCAAUGGCUUCAUCUGUGGUGCCUACAGAGCAGGACGAGCUGUCCCAGAGGCUGUCCCGACUGCGAGACCAGGUGUCAUAAUGAUGUCCAAACAUCACAAGACCGGGAGGAAGGAGAAGAGACAGGGGGUGAAGAAGCGGAGAACAAACAGAAAGUGGUGCCGUGUGCCUGAUAGCUCUGUGGUAAAGGUUUGUUCUGUUGUGAGAAUGAAAGGAGCUGACUACCAGCAGAGAGGGAGCGAGAGGAGGAAGCUCUGCUGUCCUGUAACCUACUGCAUCACCUGCAGCGUUUCUAUAAUAAUGCUCAUUUGCACACUCCUAUUUAACAUGUAUUGUGAUUAUUUAUUAGCUCCGCAAUAACACGACUGUGCUGGCUUUUAUCUUUUACUCCUUGGAAGUAUUUGUAAAUGGUAUUUUUUGCGCACAUUUUUGAGAAUUAAACAAUUGUGUACUACUUAAUAGCUAUUACCUCAUUCUAAGGUGGUUGAACACCAUGUAUAUAUAAUGCAAGAUUACAUUAUUUAUGUACCUAUUUAUAUAUGAACUGACUGAUUGCUAAGAGAGCAUGUUUGUAUUGUAACUGUAAUGUCCUACCUGCAUGACUGAGGAUGUGAGUCGAAUCCUGUUUUGGCUGUAGUGCUAAAACUAAAACGAAUGUAUUUAUUUAUUUAUUAUUUAUUUUGUUGUAUUGUAUGAUAGGGCUCAUCGUCUAUGUUUGCCUGGAACCUGCUUUAUAAAAAGCUGCAAUGAAGCUGAUUGUCUGCAUGUAGCACUCAAGGCUCACUGUGCGGUUUUAUGCAAAGAUUGAAUGUCAAUUAAAAACAUUAAAACGUGUUUUACCUGUCA